AUGUCAAAACCAGUACACAGCAAAAAUGAAAUACUGAGGUCCAACACUAGUUUGAUCAUCAAUCCAUCCAAGCUCAACAAGUAUACAAUAUUUUUUAAAAACGUACCUUCUGAAGACUGUAGCCGUCUGGUCUUUUCACAGGCAAGGCUAACGAUCAAUGUUCCCAUCUUUAUCCAGGAUCAAAGACAUUCUAGUCUCUUUGAGCAUGUACUUACUACGAAUUCCACCGGCAUGGGUCACAUGUGUAUAAGCUUUUAUGUACCAUUAUUUAUUACUAGCAGUUUAACUAUUGGCGACAAAUACAGUAGCCUUAUGCUUAUACCCGAAGUGUGUUCCUCACUUUAUCUGGAAUAUAAUUCCCGUAUAUCUGAUCCAUCAUUAUUGGAGCAUCUUCGAAAAGUACUUAAGCUAUUAACAUCUGAACCCUUACUAUACCUUAUGUCCAGGGUGAUUGGAUAUAUCCUAAUAACUAUAGGUACAAUCGAUAAAAUAACCUGCGGCAAUAUAAUUCAAUUUAAGCCAAGAUAUCUUCAAGCACAACAGAAGAGUCUCAAAGCAUGUAUCGUUGCAACCUUUCAUAAACACAAAUAUUAUAAUUCUAGAAUCCAUACUAUUAUACUGAUUUUGUUUGCUAAGAGUGAGGUGGACCGAUAUCAAGACCAAGCUAAAUAA